UAAUUUUUAAAGGCACAAUUAACCAAAGCCGAUCAGCCGCUCUUGAUCUUUACAGGAAGAGUUCUGUUUCUUCUGGCUUCUGUUUCUCUUCUACGUACUUCUGUACAAACUCGGCCGCACCCUUCACAGAAUGGCGGCCACCUCUCUCAGCACACCAAAGCUCAGUUUCAAGCUUUCUUCUCCGACUCUUUUUGCCAUCUGUAACCACCUUCCCGGAUUCUCACCCCGCUCCUUACGCAGUAACUUUGGGAACUUUCCUUCUGUCCGUUUCCGCCGCCAGUCCCUUUCACAAAACCGCCGAUUCUCCACUACUCGUGCCGAGUCCUCAAAUUCUGCGUCCACUGAGCCACCGAGGCACUAUGAUUUCGACCUCUUCACUAUUGGCGCCGGAAGUGGUGGGGUUAGGGCUUCUCGCUUUGCCGCCAAUUUUGGUGCUUCUGUUGCUAUUUGUGAGCUUCCUUUUAGCACCAUUUCGUCUGAUUCCACCGGCGGUGUUGGUGGCACGUGUGUGCUUCGCGGCUGUGUACCCAAGAAGCUACUUGUUUUUGCAUCAAAAUAUUCUCAUGAAUUUGAGGAGAGCCGUGGGUUUGGAUGGAAUUAUGACACAGAACCAAAGCAUGACUGGAGCACCCUUGUUGCAAAUAAAAAUGCUGAGCUGCAGCGUCUCACUAGUAUCUACAAAAACAUUCUAAAUAAUGCCGGUGUUGCUCUUAUUGAAGGACGUGGAAAGGUUGUUGAUCCACACACAGUGGAUGUGAAUGGGAAACAAUACGCGGCUAGAAAUAUACUAAUUUCAGUGGGAGGGCGCCCAUUUAUUCCAGACAUUCCUGGAAGUGAAUACGCUAUAGAUUCUGAUGCAGCGCUGGAUUUACCUACAAAGCCAAAGAAGAUUGCAAUUGUAGGUGGUGGAUACAUCGCACUUGAGUUUGCUGGGAUCUUCAAUGGGUUGAAUAGUGACGUCCAUGUGUUUAUACGACAGAAAAAGGUUCUAAGAGGCUUUGAUGAAGAGAUAAGGGAUUUUGUUGGGGAGCAAAUGGUACUUGGAGGAAUUGAGUUCCACACAGAGGAAUCACCGCAAGCUAUUGUCAAGUCAUCAGAUGGCUCGCUUUCUUUGAAAACUAAUAAAGGAACUUUUGAUGGGUUUUCUCAUGUCAUGUUUGCAACAGGGCGUAGACCAAAUACAAUGAAUUUAGGAUUGGAGACUUUGGGAGUGAAGAUGACAAAGAGUGGAGCCAUAGAGGUGGAUGAAUAUUCACGUACAUCAAUCCCAUCAAUUUGGGCAGUUGGAGAUGCUACUGAUAGAGUGAAUUUAACUCCGGUUGCUUUGAUGGAAGGGGGAGCAUUGGCAAAGACACUUUUUGCUAAUGAGCCUACUAAACCAGACUACAGGGCUAUACCAUCUGCAGUAUUUUCACAACCACCUAUAGGGCAAGUUGGGCUGACUGAAGAACAGGCCAUCCAAGCGUAUGGUGACGUAGACAUUUUCACAUCAAACUUUAGGCCCUUAAAGGCCACACUUUCUGGCCUCACGGACAGAGUGUUCAUGAAACUUAUUGUCUGCGCAAAGACAAAUAAAAUUGUGGGUGUGCACAUGUGUGGAGAUGAUGCACCAGAAAUAAUUCAGGGGUUCUCAGUUGCUGUUAAGGCUGGUUUAACAAAAGCAGAUUUUGAUGCCACAAUUGGUGUCCACCCAACAUCAGCAGAGGAGUUCGUCACCAUGCGGACACCUACAAGAAAGGUUCGAAGCAGUGCAUCUAAGGGAGUUUGACCAUGGAUGAAUAAGAUGGAUAAGCAUCACACACAUGAAUUGGGGGUGUGCAUGAUUUGAUGAUUUUAGCUGGUGCAAAUCAGGACUGAUGCCUGCAUUAAAAGUUUUAACCAAAGGGAAGGAUGUCAGAAAAUCACACUUUGGGCUACUCUUUGCUGGCAUUCUGGCAGGAAUGUAACCCCCCCUCUUUGGAUGUUGACGUGCAUAGGCCUUUUUUGACGUAUUUAAUUCAAAUUUUGUGUUCAUUGAGACAUUAAUGGCAAUUUUUAUUUGAAUAAUUAACUUAUAAUUAGGUUUUAUAAGGUGUAAUGUUUUAUUACCCGUCUGAUUCUUCCGUUCCAUUUUUUUAUUGGUCUCACUUUCUCGGUGAGGAUCCCAAAUAAUAAAUAGCAUUAAGAUAUGCUAUGGUCAUAUGCCAAUAGGAUAUACCUUUUUUAUUGUUAUUUUGAUAAGAUGUUUUGUUAUAAUUACGUAGUAUUUGUUUAUUGAGUAAACGUAACAUGCGGAGAUGCAGAAUCUGCUUGCGAUAAUUAUUCAAGUUAGCAUCUUUAGUUCAAAAGGAGGUACAUUUUCUUGAUGAA